AUGGAGCGCUGGGCGUGGCGGGCGCUGCCGUGGCUGGUGGCGGGCGCCUGCGGCCUGGCCGUGCUGGGCUACUGCCUCUACUUCGACCACCGGCGCCGCAGCGCGCCCGACUUCAAGCGGAGGCUGAGGGAGAGUGAGUGGCGGGGGAGGCCUCGCCUUCGCCUCAGGGGAAAGAGGGAACGAGGAGGAGGAGGAGCCGCGACCGGGAACUAGGCCCAUCCCCGGCGAGGAGGCUGCCGGACUACAACUCCCAUCAGCCCCAGCCGGUGUGGCCAGCGGAGGAGGAGGGUGGGAGUUGUAGUCCAGAGGCCUCGGGAGAGAAUUGGGCUUGCGAAGGCGUUGGGCCUUACGCAGAUACCCUUCCUGGCCCUUUUAGGCAACCGUCUUAAUCAGGCAUAGGCAACCUGGGCCCUCCAGGUGUUUUGGGACUACAGUUCCCAUCAUCCCUGACCACUGGUCCUGUUAGCUAGGGAUCAUGGGAGUUGUAGGCCAAAAACACCUGGAGGGCCGAGGUUGCCUAUGCCUGGUGUUAAUCAACACUUUUUUGGAAAAAAAACACCCCUCCCUGCGAGGUAGUCCUACGACUCCAUUUCCUAGCACAUCUUUUCCUCCAAGGAAUUUGAGGUGGAAGGCAUACUCCUUUCCCCAUAGGGGUGGUGGGUUUCAGGGUGGUCCUCCUGUGCUGCUCCAGACAUUUGGUCCACACAUCUAUGUAUGUGCUUGGUUGGUACAUUUAUGAACAUUUUUAUUUAUGAUGAUGAUGAUGAUGAUGAUGAUGAUGAUGAUGUCAUACCUCGGGUUACGGAUGCUUGAGGUUGUGCGUUUUCGGGUUAUGGACACGCCGAAACCCGGAAGUACCGGAACAGGUUACUUCCAGGUUUCGGCGCAUGCGCAGAAGCAGCGCUGCAGGUUACGAACACUGCGGAUUGCGAAUGUGCCUCCUGCACGGAUCACGUUCGCAACCUGAGUGUCCACUGUAUAAGACCUUAAUUUUUUUAUUUCAAUACACUGAAAUGUUUAACAGUUUCAAGUGUCCUUGAAUCUCCCUGCCACACUGGCCACGCUCUCCUGCCAUGCACGUUGAGAACCACUGUUCUAGGGUUUCAGGCAAGAGUCUUUUCACGAUAUACCUGGAGAUCCCAGGAUAUUCGGCAUGCAAGGGUGCAUUCUAUAACUUGCAUAUUAAUCUAAUCACCAUGUUCGCCUUUCAGUGGUUGUAAAGCAAGGGGAGUGUUUGCUUUGCUUUGCUUUGUUGGUCAGCAGUAUGCUACAGUGAAGGCCCACAUAAUUGUCCUAGAAGGUUAUCAGCACUGCAGAAUUGCACCCAUCAGCUUUAACGUUUGCAAUGGUUGGCAGGCAGGCAGCCGCAAUGAUGCUAGUUGAGUUUAAACAUGUCACAGAUACGGGCUGUUAAUUGUGGAUACUGACUAUUCCAUGUUACUCUUACAGAAAGAAGAAAAGAGUGUGAAAAGGCAAAAAAGCGGGAUGCAGAGGUGAAAAAUUGUUUGGUUUCCCUGACAUGGCACCUGUAGGCACCACGGCACUCUCAGACAUGCCCCCCCCCCCCAAAUCUCUCAAAAAGUUUAAUUUUUGAAAAACAAAAAUUGCUUGUGAAAAUUGGACUCUAGUAUGAUCAAAAUAAUUCCACCAGCCACAGGAUGGGAACCCAUUUUAUAAAAAGUAUACUGUAAUUUUUAUUUUCAAUAUGACAAUAGCACCCAGUAGCUACAGGAUUUAUUUUGCAGAAUCUUAGCAGAUCCUUGGGAAUCUUUUUGCAUUUAAUUUUUUUAAUAAAGUGAUAGGCUUUGUGGUUCGAUAAUAUGGUAGGGAAUGGAAAAUUGGGGUAGAGGAUUUUUAGACACGCUGUAUUUGACUGCAGAUAAUUUGAAGUCUGAAUCAUUUUGUCAAUUUUCAUAAUUUCUAUAGCAAUUUUUCAGAAACAGCCAGAUUUUGGGGAACAGUAUUGGAAUAGAAAUGUAAUAGAACGUCUGGGUAAAGAUAGUUCAGUCAGUAAAGCAUGAGACUUGUGAUCUCAAGGUUAUGGGUUGGGCAAAAUAUUCCUGCAUUGCAUGGGGUUGGAAUCGAUUCCCCUUAGAUCUAUGAAAUACAUUAAGGCUGUACACCUAGGAAUAAGUCUCCCUGAAUUAAGGGAGGGUUUUACUUCUGAUUAGACUGCAUAGGCUUGCACUGUAAUUUUUGUGGACAAUGACAUGCAAGUAAUGAACAUGCAUAUUAGUUGUGAUCCUUCAGCUAAGAAUGAAAGUCUUACACAGCUUUUAAAAAUUCCAAUUCUGACCCAUUCUCUAAGUCAGGGGUGGGAAUUGUAUUAAUCUCUGAAGGCCACGUCACAAAUACAUGGCAAGUGCUUCUGUAAUGGUGGCUGGUCCUGUAGAUAUUUCAGUUUCAUAUGACAGUUUCAGAUAAUGAUAUUAAUUUUGCUGAAUGUUGAAAUAUUGGUUGAAUAAUCUGGAAAUAGUUCUGCAACUGCAUAGGCUGUUUACAUGCUGGUGCACAUGGAGUCUUCCAAGACUGAAGCCCUGUUACACUCAGUGGGUUUACGUACUUAGAAAAAUAAGGGCUUCUGCAGAAAUGAUUCCCAGCACUUAACGCUUAAUCUUAGAAAAAGACAUUUUUGUUUUGUUUUACAUUACACCCUUCAUUCUCAUUAGCCCUCAAACUGAUUAGCCAAUGCUCCUUUUUGUUAAGCUGAAAAUAUGUUUGUGACACCCUUAGUUAUGUGAGAUGAAAGAUACUGCAAAGCUACAAGAGUUCUUUCUGGAAGAGAUACAGUUGGGACAGGAGUGGCUGGCAAGAGGUAAGGACAAGAGGAACUGGCUUUUGUGGAAUAUGCAUAUAUGUGUAGACACACAGAGAGACUAUAAAUUGCCUGAAAAUUAUCCAUUUCUAUUGCCACUUAGGUAGGCAGUAAUAAAAAAAUAAAAUAAAGGUAAAGGACUCCUGGAUGGUUAAGUCCAGGCAUUUUGCUUCAGGCUGAGGAAGCCAGCGUUUGUCCGCAGACAGCUUUGCAGGUCAUGUGGCCAACAUGACUAAACUGCUUCUGGCGCAAUGGGACACCGUGACAGGUGCCAGAGUGCAUGGAAACACAGUUUACCUUCCUGCCACAGCGGUACCUAUUUAUCUAGUUGAACUGGUGUGCUUUCAAACUGUUAGGUUGGCAGAAGCUGGGACAGCGCAACGGGAGCUCACCCCGUCGCGGGGAUUUGAACUGCCAACCUUCUAAUCAGCAAGCCCAAGAGGCUCAGUGGUUUAUACCAUUAACAAAGAUGAGCCUGAUGAUCAUUUUAAUGCACUUCAGGCAAAUUCAUAGCUGUCUGCUGUUGCUGUUUGCGAAAGGCAUCUUGUGUUAACCAUACAAAGCUGAAUUGAAAGUUUCUGUUCCUGAAUACUGAGCAAAAUACGGUAGAUCUGCUACGAUGUCACUGGUUUGCCCUCAAGGCUUGACAGUACAGAAUAAAGAAUUUAAAUGCACAUGAAAUCACAACUGAGAGAAUUGACCUUUCCCUUCAGAAGUAGCUCCGAAUUACAGAAAAGACAGUGCCUUUAUUUGUUGCAUUUAUGUAAUCCAUUCUGGGACCGCUUGAUGAAGGGCAGACUCCAAUUGCACAUAAUACAUAGUUUGGGACAAUAUUGAUUUCCGAUGACCUCUGCCACUUGUGGGUUGCAUCCAGUUACUGAUACUUGGAGUAAAGCCUUUACUGAAAUUGGUGCAAUUUUUAAAAACCCUGAGCAAAAAGAGGGUGCUUUUUCCUUCCACUGAUCCUUUCACCUGCUACAAUAUGUAGGAAUAGGGCAGCCAUACCUCCGGAAUUUCCUGGACAUAGCCGGGAUUUGGCCCCCACAAACAGCAUCCGAACGAAAAUCACUUAAAUGUCUCAAAGCUCAACAACUUUUGUGUCCGGAUUUUCACUUUUUGAAACAUGGCAACCCUAUGAGGGAAUAUGUUUUUGUCCCAUAGUAGAUGGGGUGGAUGAAGGGAGCAGAGGAGGGUGGGCUGCAGCGUCUUGUGCCUCAGAGUAUUUGAGAGGUUCAGAUAGCUACAAUUAGUAGCUGAGCUUGUGGGAGCACUAAGAGGUUGAUGGUACAUGGAGUGCAAAUGCUUACUGUAGUUCCAAGGAUCACAAAUACCUGAGUUUUAGGAGUCUGAAUCAAUUACAGGAGAACACAACAAGAGCAUCGAACACCUUGCCAAUGCCAUUGCCGUGUGCACACAUCCAAACCAGCUAAUGCACGUCUUGAAGCACACUCUACCCCCCCAUAUAUUUGAGAUGCUGCUGCACAACAUUCCAUACGCAGUGCAAGUAGGUAGACUUUGUUCACUUUUGAAACGCAGGUGAAUGUUGUACAGGAGGCAUUGUCUAACCAGAAUGGUGUUCAGACAUAAGAGAAUUUGCCAUUCGUGGCUUGUACAGAACCUUGAGAUUUCUGUACGUUGCCAUGCUGAGACUUGUUUAAUUAUUACCACAGGCAGGCAGCUAAUUAAAGGCUCAGCUUUAUUAUUUUUUAUUUAAAAAAAGAAUUUGGCAGGAAGGGACUCAUGCCCAGUAGCAAGGCCUUGGCUCAGCUUGGGGAGAAAUGCAAUGCGACUUACCAUUCUCUGCACUGUGGCAAAAGUGUUUUAAAAUGCUGUUUUAGGGCAUUGUGUGCUAAAACUAGUACAGUGGUACCUCGGUUUAAGAACAGCCCUGUUUACGAACUAUUCGGUUUAUGAACUCCACAAAACCGGAAGUAGUGUCCCGGUUUGCGAACUUUUAUCUCGGUCUAAGAACGGAAUCCAAACGGUGGAAGGACACCGGCAUCAGGAGGCCUCAUUAGGGAAAGUGUGCCUUAGUUUAAGAACGGAUUCGGUUUAAGAACAGACUUCCAGAAUGGAUCAAGUUCGUAAACCAAGGUACCACUGUAUUGUGCGAUUCAGAACUGAACUUUGCCCCAUACUUUGCACUGCAAUUUACUUAUUUUUUAAUAUUAAAAUCCUACUCUUUUGAGGUGCUAAGCAGGUGCACGCUUGCUUAGUUUCAGCAGUGUUGCAGCUUCCAAUGUUCCCAAGUCAUUCACUGGGCCCACACUGCCACGACUUUAAAUAAAUUAGAAUGUUGUCCAUGUUGAACUUCUUGCUUAAAUCCAAGUAGAUUGCUUCCAUUAGUCUACUGUGAGUGGUCCACCAUUACCCAUAAGCUAAAAGACAAAGGGUACCAACACCUUGGGGGUGCAAAGGUGAGAAGAAAGAUAAUAAUUGAAGGACAUAAAUCUGUCCUUGGGAGGGAAAUGAGAAUAUUUUAAAAGUUUCAGAACUCAAAAGUUUAAGUACAUAAGUACCCAUGCCAUUGACAUGUUUCCCCCCCUCUGCUAGCGGCUUGAGACAGCCCUGAGUGACCAGGAUCCUACCGUUGAAUGA